CAAACCCACCCCUGCUUCGUGCUGCCCCCCCCCAGCAAGGGGCUUUGCACAAGUGCUGGAGGAGAACGUCUCCCCGGGAGGGGGUGCAGCCCCACGACGGCACAGAGAGGCCGUUCACCAUGAACGUGGCUGUUCUCCUCCUCCUGGGGCUGGGGCUGUUGGAGGCGGAAGGCAGGUGUGUCUUCAAUCGGACUGAGGAGCACUGUGUGUGCUACAGCCUGUCCGAGGAGAGCCUAAGCAGCAUCAUCCAGUGCCUCCCAGCCUCUGUGGUGGAGUUUUGGGGGGGAGAGCUGGAGAGAUACAUAGCCUUCCCCAUCAGCGACUUGAACCCCUCUGCCAUUGAAACGCUGGGCUCCCUCACCAUCAGGAAAAUAAUUUUUGGUGACCUCCUGGUGCCUGAGAUACUCCUCGCCCGAGUCCUGAGGUUCUUCUCCUACACCCAGGUGCAGGAGCUGGUGUUUGAGAGCUGCAUUUUCGAGGGGAGAGGAAACUGGGCUGACAUGGCUGGCCAGCGCUUGCCCAUAUUGUCCCUGCGCUUCCGCAAUGUCACAUCUGCCCUGCUGACGGGCCGCGAGCAGGACUUCUCCAGUGUGAGCAGCUGGCUGGAGACCCUGCAGGAGCUGGCUCUCACCGGCUCCCAUGUCACCAGCCUCCACAGGACUGCUGCUUUUCACCACUGCUCUCCUCGUUUCUAG